UCUCCGGAGCUCACACAGCUCGGUCCGUGCCGCUGGCAUGAGAGGACGCGGGCGGCCGCACGGAAACGCCACCUCGGUGAAAAUCUCCGGGAGUCCGCGGGGGAAGCGCAGCUAACGGAGCCGCCUUCAUCAAUGGAUAUUUACCCCCGGGGUUUCUUGCGCUCAACGGGUAAUCGGCAGCGAGAUUGCUUUUGCGGAGGAAAUACGCCUUCCGAGCAGGAGAGCAGCCAAUCAGCCGUGGAGAACCAAAGAUAAACAAGCCUUAUGAUAAGACAAAACUCUCAGGUUUACCCAGGCUGCGCGCAGCCCCAGUGAACUAUCAUGCUGGCCUGCAUCCAGAGACGACAGAACCUGUCAUCGCAGCGUUUGGCCUGCACACACAAGAGCCUCGACGUCCCGCCUCCUCCGCUGCUACUGCCACUGCCGCCACUGCAGACAUGCCCGCGCAAAGGUGAGGCGGCCGCAGUGAUCUCCCGGUACCCGUCUCCUGCUGAGCUGGACGCUUUUGCUCAGAAGACUGCAAACAGCCCGCUGUCCAUCAAAAUCUUUCCCUCUGACAUCCGGGUGCCACAGCACAAACAGCUCAACAAAACCGUCAAUGGCUUGGAUACCACGGGUCAGCGAUACAGUCCCUACUCCCACCCGUACUCAGGAGGCUACCAGGGUUUGCUGGCCAUCGUCAAAGCGUCUGUGGUGGCUAAAGGUGUGGUGAAAACCUCUGAAGGCAGAAGGACUAAACAUGCAAACACACAGACGUCUGUGGCUCCAUAUAAUAAUCCUUUGAACAAUGGCUACACAGUCAGACAUGGGCAUAAGGCCUAUCGUACGAGCUCGUGUAAGCCCCCUGAUGUACCCAUCGAGACACUUUGUUCUAGCGCUGGGGGAGCCUCCGGAGAUCAGAGCCUGGCCCCCCAGUCUGAGCUGGCAGAGGUUCAAAGCCUGAUGAGGCAGAUGAGCAGAGUUCCCCACAGCCAGGCCCUGCAGCUGGGGGGGGAGGCCCGCGCCAGCCCCUCGCUGCAGGCCGUGGCUGCCGUGGCGCAUUCGGACUCAGACUUCAUCCUGGGAUUGCCGCCCCAGAGCAGCCUGGCCUUCGUGGGGGCAGUGCUACCUACGCAGAGCGCAGACGUAGCCAAAGCCGGGUACUUGGAGAAAGGGGACUACGCGGCGUGGCAGCAGAAAGCUCACAUCCAGCAGCAGCAGCAGCAGUCGUAUCAGCAGAGCGCAGUGAGGAUGUACAGUGUGAGCGGCAGCGCUCAGGGCCACCGAGCAGCAGAGACCGGGGUUGGCCAUUCUCCUGAAACCUGCCUCCCUCUGGCAUGCUCAUCUCAGCUGUCAUACAGGCCGCAUCCCGGCGGCGUGGGCGGCAGACAGGAGCAGCGCUCCGCUCUGAACUGCCCGGCGCAGGGCGAGCUGUCCGUGGGACAGUACUUCGCUCCGCUUUGGGACGGCCUGGUGGUGACCCCGAACAGUGACUGUUACACAUCUCAGGUGUUGGCAACGGGUACAUGCGCAGCCAGGCCUCGAGACUUUGGACUCUCUCAUCCCCAUCUCCACGCAAACCGACACCAACACCAACAUCUCCACCACCAACAGCCACAGCGGCAUCAAGCACGACUCCACUCUCAUCUCCCUCCCCCUCCCAAUAAUCAAGUCUACAGCACAGACCAAAACCUCUGUUGUGGGCUGUCGAGUUCGAGCCUGUGCCACACUGCAGUACUCAGCAGCAGCCUGCAGUCUCUGGAGUGCCUCAUCAGUGAGAUCCACCCUCCCUGCAUCAAAGAGCGCAUGCUGGGCCGCGGGUACGAAGCCAUGGGGAUGCCUCAGCUGCUGGAGCACCAGCAGCAAACCCACAUCCAGCUCCCCGUCUACAGAUAAGACGCGGCGCUGCCACACAAUGGGACACGGCGGCGGCAGAAAAACCUUUUAUAGACAACGGAAGUGUCGGCUUAAACAUCUUCGACAGAGACAUGCCUUUUUAGUUUGUGCAUGUAUUGUAUUUGUAGAAGGCUUCGUGCUAAACUAAAUGAUAAUCAAGACUUAAGAUACAGGUUUAUCCUCUGAACUUUUCCAUGUUUUAUUUUUAUAUCUCCAAUGGCCAUCACACAUAACUGCUGUUGUACAUUUCAUACUGACGCUGAGCAGCCAAUCACAAUGACAAUUUAACAGAAGUGUAUAUUUUGCAGGUUAUCCCUCUUUACGCCUUUACAAAA